UGCGGACAUCAUGACAGGAGGCUCUCGUCGUUGUAUUGUUGUGUCUACUCUAGCUGAGGCAUCAUUCUAUGCUGAUAACGGCUAUGACGAUAUACUUUAUGCAUACCCUCUGCCAUUUGAUAAAGUGGAGCGCUGUGCCGAGCUGUCCGAGAGACUUUCUCUAUUCCACGUCAUGGUGGACAACCGCCUCGCCCUGCAGGAACUGAAGAAGAGACCUCUGAAACAGGGAAAAGUCUGGAAGGUGUGGCUGAAACUGGAUUGUGACAAUGGGAGAGCGGGCGUUCCUCAUUGUGACCCAGCUGCACUACAGCUUGCCCUGGAGAUCUGGGAUACUUCAGGGGUGGAGCUGACGGGAAUUUACGCCCACUGCGGGAACACCUACGCCUGUCAGGGGGAGGAGCAAAUCAAAGCUGUUGCUCAGGAAACCACUACGAUUGUGCUACAGUUCAUGGAGCAGUUGAAGGCUGCUGGAAUACAAGGUGUUAAAUCCAGCAUUGGCUCCACCCCUUCCUGUAGCCACCCAGUCCCAGACAUGGCCAUGUUGAGUGAGGUGCAUCCUGGGAACUACAUAUUUUAUGAUGUGCAGCAGUCCCUCAUCGGGUCCUGUAGACUUGAGGAUGUUGCAGUAC